AUGCAUAUGACUCAUGCCCAUACAGAUAUACUGAAGGAGUUUUCAUCGUUUCCGGUCUCUAUCUGGUUAUAUCCUUACAAGAUCUUACUGUUGAUUCUGUUUACUGCUUCUUAUGCGUAUUGUGAGCAGGUGGUCACUCCAGAAGUGUCAAUUUAUGAUGAAACGCCUGAUGCACACACGGGCAGAGUAGUUUACUUGGAGAACAAAACAGUCCUCAUCAAUGGUCUAGUUGGAGAAAAGGUUGUCAUACAGUGUAACGUUUUCAAUAUGCCACGUGGUGCGAGGAUAUUUUGGCGACGAGAUAGCUUGUCAGGUGAUGAAGUUUCCGAAGUGAUCAACGACGGCCUUAUGUCACGUGAUAUGUCUAGGUGGAAAGUUGGUCAGGGCAAGCAGCAAGAUUCUGUUCGUUUAGAAAUAAUGUCUUUGGAUAAAACAUAUGAAGGGAAAUAUACUUGUGAAUGCCAAUAUACUGGAUCUGUGGAACCGGCAAGAGUUCACAGAAUUUUACGUGUUUUUGCUAAGCCAAAUAUUGUCCGACAUAUGUCAUCCUAUGAUACAGAUGCUGAUUCUGGUGAUCCAGUUACUCUGCAGUGUAAUGCAGAUGGCAUUCCACCACCAGUUAUCUACUGGAGACGUACGGCUGGUGAAAGUAGUAUUAUACGCAAUUUUGGCGCGGUUAAAAGUGGGAAUACAAUUAAAUUUGAUCAAGUGGAAGCUGAUGAUGCUGGUGAAUAUAUGUGUUAUGCGGAAAAUUCUAUGGGCCAAGCUCUGUGGCGUGUUAGAUUACAAGUUAGACAUGCACCGAUAGUUCGAAUAUUCCCUUUUGCACCAUCACAGAAAUCCGGUUGUAAUCUAAGAUUAAUGUGCGUUAUUAAUGCUAAUCCACCAGUGUCACAACAUGCUUGUCGAUGGUCGUCAAAUAGAACAGGAACUGUUACAUCAACAUCCGUUGGUACCAAGUUGACUUAUUUAAAUGCUGGAUUAAUACGUGAUCUAGUCUUGGAUUUGGAGCCGAUCACCAGAUUAAAUUUUGGAGAUCUUUAUACUUGUACUGCAACGAAUACUUUAGGCACAACCAGUGCUACAACAGGGAUUUCAGAAUCUACCACUGAAGUGUUACUUAUCAAUGGUAGAAAUGCUUGUAAUCAAGCUGUGAGCUGGAUACAUAUGAAUUUUCACUUACUUUUAGGUAUGCAAUGCAUGAACAUCUUAGUAAUGAUCAUAGUACAUUGA